AUGUCCCAUCAGGAUCUUCCGGAGGCCUUAGCCGACGACAUCGAAGAGGGUAGAGACGCGUAUCGGCCAGGUGGACUUCAUCCUGUUUACAUUGGUGAUGUGUACGCGGACAAGUACAGAAUUCUAAACAAGAUUGGCUACGGUGUCUACUCGACAGUCUGGCUUGUCAGGGACCUGACUAAACCGGACGACGAUGAGCACAAGUACUUGGCUCUCAAAGCCCUCAGAGCAGAGUGCUAUAGCGACGACAAGCCAAUAUUUGAGAGGGAGAUCCUCACCCAUCUCCGGAACGGAGAUCGUGGCCAAUGGGGCUACAAGUUUAUUUGCCAUCUUGUCGACGACUUUGAGCACCAAGGACCAAACGGAACACACGUCUGCCUUGUGUUUGAGCUCAUGGGAGAAACCUUGGCGAGUUUUGGCGGCUGGUUCAAAGAGUGCAUGAUUCCAUACCCCAUCAUGCGCAGGUUUACCGCCCAGCUUUUAGCGGCUCUUGACUAUGCCCAUGAGCACAAUGUCAUCCAUACUGAUAUCAAACCAGACAACAUCUUUGUCAAAUUUCGAGACAGGAGUCUCAUCGAAUCAGAAUAUCUCGCCAAAGUUCCUAUUCCACAACAGGAUAGGACAAAGAAGAGGUAUAAUCCAGUUCCGUCAACGUCUUUUCAGGAAUAUUAUUUCAAGGACGGUGACAAUCUUACUUUGCUCGAGAUUGCUCUUGGUGACUGGGGAGUAUCGAGCUGGGCGACACAACACCUGACCGAGCGCAUUCAACCUGUCGCCCUCCGGGCGCCCGAGGUUUUAAUCGAGGCCCCUUGGGGCAAGACGGUUGACUUGUGGAACCUGGGGGCUCUGCAUCUUGAGCUCUAUCGUGCAGUACGCAUGUUCGAUGGGAGAGUCCCGCCUGAUGGCCAUUACGAACUCAGAGAGCACCUCGCACAGAUUGCGUACCACUUUGGCCCUUUCCCCAAGGAGUUGCUGGAGAAAGGCAAUCAAGAGAUUGUUCGAAGCAUAUUUGACGAGAACGGAAUGCCACGGGGCCCCCGGGUACGCGAUGUACCGCCCCUGGACUCGGAAGGGUUCAUGCGAGGUCUGAGUGAGGAUCGUAAGAACGAUUACAUCUCUUUCCUGCGGGCGUUGAUGAAAAUCCAUCCGGUGGAAAGGCCUUCCACCAUGGAGCUGUUGACGCAUCCUUGGGUAGGUGUCAUAUCUAAGAACCGUGAAUAG